CUUUGUUCAGAAAUGAUUCUUUACUGAAGCGCUGACUUGGUUUGAAUCGAACCAAGUACUUACUUGCCCGAGUCUUGAAUCGACAUUCAACAGCUGGAUCUAGUGAGUAUACUGUUUGAAACAACCCUGGAAAUCUGCACUUUGACAGAGGAAAGCAGGAGCUCAGAUCCCACCUGAAGCAGAGAUGUUCCUAGUCAUGGUAAUGGGAAACUCUUGGUUGUUGCGUGGUCUGAACACUUUUAUUUACAGUUAGUGUGUGUUGUGUUUUUUUCUGCUUUCAGUGCAUUCACUCAUGAAUUACAAAUUGCUUGUGGCGUUCGUCUGUUUUGGAUUUGGCCACCUUUCCUGCUCUCAUGCUUAUAUUUUCGAUUAUCAGUUCAUCAACCAGUCAUUGAACUGGUCACAGGCUCAGCAGUACUGCAGAGUGCACUACACUGACCUGGCAACCAUUGAGAGCAUGAAGGAUGUGAACAGGCUCAUCAGACCUAAUGCCUCCACAUCACUGGCGUGGAUUGGUCUGAAUGAUGAUCCAUUAUCCUGGCAAGUAGCCAUGGGCACUGAUGUGAACUCCUGGAGAUGGUCAGCAACUGGGAAACCCAGUGCAACUGGUUACAGCAACUGGCGACUUUACAACCCAAAUAACUCUGGUGGAAAUCAGCUCUGUGGCUCGAUGAUGCCGGACGGAACCUGGAAUGAUAACAUUUGUGAUUAUUAUUUUUCGUUUGUUUGUUACACAAUGAAUUAUUCCACAGGCCAGAGCACAUAUAUUAUGAUUAAUAAUGGAGAUACUUGGAAAAAUGCCGUUACGUACUGCAGGACAUACUACACAGACCUGGCUAUGAUUGAGAAUUCUGAGCAAAACUCAGUGAUUUCAUUACUACAUGCAUCGCAAUAUACUUGGUUUGGCCUGUACCGAGUACCAUGGAAGUGGUCUGACAGGAGCAGCAGCUCCUUCAGAAACUGGCAGACAGGCUUCCCUAAUAACGCAGACACCGUCAGCUUCUGCGCAGCUGAGACUCCAGAUCACUUUUGGAAGGACCAGAGCUGUAGCAACACAUAUCCGUUUUGGUGUCAUAGAGCUCUGAUUCUGUCCAUGACCACAGUGAGAAUGAAGAUUCAGACUGAUGCUGACCUUUCAGACCCAGCUACUAAUGAUCAGCUGCUACAACAGAUUGGUCUACUGCUACAAAAAGCAUUCGCUGGUAACAUCCAACUGGGAUGGAAGAUUCAGCCAUGGAAACUGGAAGAACCAUCCACUGGAUCAUACGUCUGCAAUUAGCGAAGCUCGUUCUAGUAGAAGUAGAAAUCUAUUUUUGGUCAUUAUCACAUACAUGUAACAACAAAAUUUGACUACUGCAUUUAACCCAGCUCCGUGGGGAUGGGUUAACGUCAUUGUAGAAGUAAAGUAGUAAAAAGAUGAUUAUGAAAUCAAUCAAAAACAAAGGUGUUUGUUUCAAUGAAUGUUGGGUUAAUUGUCUUUAUUGGUCAUUCAUUCACUCAUUCACUAUCAUAAAAUAAACAUUGUUCCUUCUUCAUUAUAUUACCUAACUACUCCCUUCAGCUGUGCGUGUGUGUAAAGCUAAAUGUUAAACACUAAAACUGUUGGUAAACAUUGUAAAUACUGGCUGUUAAACAUUAAUAAUUAAUAAUUAUACUGAUGUUAGAACAGUGGCGGAACCCCCCACCCGUUAUCCAGCCCUAACCCUAACCACAAUAACGUCCAAAGCUGCUGAACGUAGCAGCUUAGCUAGCUGUUAGCUGUUAGCAAGUAGGCAGAGCAGGCACC